GUUUCUCUCUUGGGCUCGCCAUUGCAGCAUUCGGACUCAAUUUAUAAACCUAACACAGUUGACCUCCUUAGUUUAUUUUUGUCUCCUUAGGUUGGUAGAAUUUGAAGAAUUGUCCUCUCGCAAUACCAAGCUUUCAGAGUAUGUCAAACAAAAAGAUAACAAGAUUGUUCGACUUCAAGAAAGGCUCGAUGAAGUAGAGGAUGCCGUGAAUAUCAACGACAAACUCAACCAAACGGUGAAGAACAAGGAUGAGAAAAUCGCCAGCCUGGAAACCAGUAUCGGCGAGCUGGAAAAACAGCUUGACAACAAAGACAAGGAACACCGAGAGAUGAAACUUAAAGCUGACGAGCGAAUUAGAAUGCUGGAGAAGAACUUGGACGAGCAAACCAGUUAUAAAGUGCAGCGACAAAACAGCGUGAAAAGGAGAGAAGAUAAAAUUGUAGACUUGGAAAGGAGAAGAACGAAGCUUGAAGAGUACGUGGAGGAAAGAGAAGGCAAGAUCCAUGACCUGCAAUCCAAACUUGAAGGCACUGUGAACAGAUACAGAAAGCUGGACAUGACUGUUGGCGAAAAAGAGAUGGUCAUAGCUGAGCUGCAAGCAAAACUUAUCGAGGCUCAGGAGACCACCCGUGAGAUACGAAAACUCAACCAAAUCAUGAAGACAAAGGACGCUAGAAUAGAAAACUUGGAGGCUAAAAUUGAGAGCGUGGAAAGUCAAUUCACUAACCAGGACAGUGAUCUUAAAUUGAAAGAAGAGAAAAUCGACACGCUUCAGAAGAGGUUGGACGAGACUCUCAAUUUAAAUAACAAACUCGAUCAGUCCGUACGUAAGAAAGAGGAGAAUAUCCGUACGCUGGAGAAAACACUUCAGGCAAACGAACAAAGGGAAGAGGAACUGGAGCAAUUGCUUGAAACAAAAACUGCAAAAGUGUUGGAAUACAAGAACAGAGUAAAAGAACUAGAAACUGACGUGGACAACAAAGAUGACAAGCUUAUAGAACUUCAAAAACGGUGAGAAUGGAGAAUUGAAUUACAGAAACAGUUCUUUCCCGGCAGUAACCACCUCAGUACCAUUGCAGAAUUUCUUCAAUUUCUUCUUCCAAUCUUUCCGUCCCCAUAUUGGAAACAGUACUGGUCAUUUGAGCCAUAUGAUGUUUAGUUCUUUCCAUUUGAAGAUUUGGGCCAUUUCAGGAAUUUGACUGACAAUCCGACUCGGGGAUUCCCUUCUCCAAACCCUCUUUCCUUCUGACUGGCAAGCUCAUAAAUUAGAUUAAAAGUCCUCUCUGUAACCAGUUAUUUAUAUUUUAGCGGCGUUGUU